AUGGCUUUUGUCAUGUCUCUGGCACGCACCAAGAGGGUGAAAUACAUAGGACAGGAUGGCUCUGAGGUCUUUCAAGAGGACAAUCGAUGGCACUUUCUCAGUGCGGAGAACCUGGCCUCCCAGGGGGAGGUGGAUGUCAUAUUGGACCUGGUCAGCGCUGUGGAGGCAGGGCAGCACCUGAACGUGGCGAAUGUCCCGCCGCCUAAGAACACCCUGCAUGGGCUCACCAGCCAGCGCGCCCUGCAAGUGCAGGCCAAACGCCUGCAGCUCCAGGAUGCAGCGCAGCGGCUGAGCAGGGGGGCAGGGCUGCUGGCGGCCAGCCUUGACCGGGAUGACACCUACUACAGCCAGGCGGCGCAGCUGCAGCGCUCGUGGAAGCUGAAGGCCAGCCCUUCUGGGGCAGCGGCGCCGCUGACUGUGGAUGUCAGCCUGCCAUUCGCGCCCCGAGGGAAGCGCGAGCCUGCAGUGGAGCCCCUGCUGCUAGACCGGCUCCCCAAUGGCGAAGUCUGCAUCCCUGAGCUUGCUGGGCUUGAGGGCGGCAGCAUCAGUCAUGAAGAGCGUGUAGACGGGAUGAGCAGCAAUGGUUUUGCAGAGAUGCAGGAGCCAGGCAGCACUGCCAAUGAACCCGGGCCGAGUGGGAGGGGUGGGGUGGAUGCAGCGUACCGCCUGCUGCAGAGCCGGCAGCGGCAGGUGCUGUGGGGCGCCGUGCAGCGGCUGCUGGAAGCGGAGGCCGCGGAGGUGGACGGGGGCGGCAGCGGCCACGUGCUUGCAGCCGAGCUGGUGAAGCGUGCCACCGGGCCGGCCCAGCCGCCCGCCGCCGCUCUGGGGCCCCUGCUGCUCAGCCUCUUCCUCAAAGCUGUCGACGAGAGGGGAGGCGGCGUGCUGGCAGAGGCGUGCGGCUGGAUCCGGUUUGUGGCGUUCCAUGCAAGGGUGUGCGCAUCGCUGGAGCGCCAGGCCGCGCGGCUGCUGGACGUGUCCCUCUCGUGGCUGCCCGUAACGGGGCUCAUGCGAUCGGCCGUGCAGAUCCGCAUCGAUUCCCGGCCUCCGCUGCUGCUGCUCAUCGCAGGGGAAACUCUGCUGCUGGAGGGACAGGCUGGCGGUGGCGCGGCUGCUUUCAUGGGCCUCAGAAAUGGAUCCUGCGGGCAGAGCCGAGUGCCAAAGCAGGAAAGCAACAGUCUGCUGCACAGGCUGCGGCUGAGCAGCGGAUACUGA